AUGCUCCAGCUACACCUGCGACAGCCUUACCCCAACCUGCCAACAAUUGACCGGCCUGCCACGAACAAUUCCCUCGCGGAGCCCUAUCCUGACCGCCAAUUCUCUGUAAUCGACUUGCGCCGUCCAUUAUUCCCUGUUAAGUCAGCAUCGAACCUAUCGGGAUGGCAUCCAACAGCGACAACAAAAGAUCUGGGGUUUGUGGAAGGCGAUCUGAUCGAAUGUCUGAACGCCGGGGAUGGGCAAUGGUGGAUGGGUCGACUACGUCGUGACAGACGAGCUGUUGGGCUGUUCCCCUCCAACUUUGUCGAGCUCAUGAGUGAAGAUUUUGUGCCUAUCAGUCGAGAUACCAGUCCCAUGGUGCUCUCCGGAUCUUCUCCCAUCAACAAUCCCACAUCGGCCCCGAAGAAGACGAAAACCGUGUUUCGCAAGCCCUUUCAGGCUCAUAGGGAAGCAUUAUCGCCAGCCUCGAACUUGGCGCGAAGUGGAUCGAACACACCCGUUAAGAGCUCAAUUCCUCAGACACCACCUCGAGAUGGAAGUACCCCUCGGAGUGUCAAGCCUUUGCGCACACAUGCAUCUGCCGUCAAGAAUCAAGGUUCAGUGUCCCGGCCGUCCUCUGUAUCUUCGCGACCCUCAUCUCGUGGGGUCUCUCCCAUUGUCUCCCCCCGUGCAUCAGUAGAGCCAGAGAGGUCGCCUUCCGCUCUGAUAGCCCGUGGAAGUAUAUCGUCGUCACGGCCAUCAUCGCGGCCCGUUUCUCGAGAAGUUUCCCCAAUGGUAUUGCAAGAACCAGAGCCCGAGCCUGAGCCCGAACGUGAAGACUCCCCCCCCGCCGCCGCCCCCUCCUCCGCAUCGAAUCGCACUGCAGCGUGGCCCGUCGCACUCUCCUCAGCCAAAUCACUCUCCUCAGCCAGCUGUAUAUUACCAACAGCCCCAUUCUCCACAGCCAUAUAUGAAUUAUCAACCACCUCAUUCUCCACAACCACCUGUGCACUAUCAGCCGCCCCGCUCCCCGCAACCGCCUGCACAUUAUCAUGCACCCCGAUCUCCACAACCACCUAUGCAUCAACCACACCGACGAAUGCAUUCCCCACAACCUCCUCCGUCCAGACCUCGGCAGCCCUCUCGCUCGCCCACGCCUUUGAACAUGAACGAUCGAUAUAUGCAAAUGGAAAUACGCCCUCUCCGUUGAGAGAUGCCAUGGAGGAUGUAAUGACUUCCCUGCAAGAUAUGGGACUGCCUCGCCAAGCUCCUUCGCCUUCCCCACGCCAGGCACCCUCGCCAUCACCACCGCCGGCUUUUAACAACCCUUGGUCAGGAGAUCCUUAUAAUGAAAUGAAUGAUCGAACGCCCCCAGCAACCAGACGCCGACCACUAACUUCCCUUGGAUUUGAUGGAGAGCCUGUACAAAGUGUGCCAGUACAUCGCAAUAGUGUAUAUUCUCACGAUCAUUACAUGGAUGGGCCUCCGCAACUCAACAAUUACGUUCAACGAAUGGAAAGCCGCUUGCGCCAGUUGGAAGACCAGAACCGGUCGCCUGAAGAUGAAGAUGGCCAUACUGUGGAUGAUGAUGUGCCUCCUCCGCCUCCCCCCAAGCACGCGACUUAUCAUCCACGCAACAACUCAAUCCCGGCGCAAUAUCCCCACCUGCGUGGCCGCUGUUCUGGACAAGAUAUGAGGAGCGAUGCCCUCAAUCGUACUUUCACUACUAAGUCUAGUGCUACAAGCUCCAGUGGUAUUCAAAGUAUUGGAACCAAUGUGACUACCAGCACAGACAAAACAAGCCAAAGUCUGAUGAGUGGUGCAUCUGCCGGGGGCUUUAGUGCGACCAGUGCCGGUAGCUACGCACGACGAAAUGGUGGAUAUGACCGACCGAACACUGCCAUGGACAGCUUUCGCUCUCGAGGAUUUAGUGAUGCUGGCAACCCAGAAAGGCCAGAAACCCCCAUGACCGGUGUGUCUUAUCAUUCGAGUCACAACACGUCCCGCCAAGGAGCAUCCUCUGCUAUUCCGUGGUCCUCCGUUGAUCAUGAUACAGGGGAUUCCGGCGGUGUAUUCGGUGGCCUUUCAACCCCAAAAACCAAAAAACAGGGGUUCUUCAAAAAGAUUUUCGAAUCUGCCAAGACGGGUGCCGCGAGUGCAAGAAGUAGCAUCUCAGUUGGUCAUGGCGGGGGGACCCCAUCCCCAACCAAAGGCAACAGGGCGGCAGAUGUAGUGUCGCCCCUCACCCCUCAUUCUACUCGUGAGACCGCUCGUGAUAUGGGGCCUGGGGCUAGUCCUAUCGAUUGGGUUCAGGUUCGACGUGAUGUCAACCGAGCAUCAUCCCCCAGUCGAAAUGAGAGAGUUGAACGCGCAGAGCGAUGCCAAAUGAUGGAUCAUCCGGUGAUCUAUUCAGUCGAGGAGUUGCAAGAUACGGCCGAGGGCGACGAGAACAUUGAUGGCUUACCUGUCCACGAACCGACGAAUUUCCAUGCGGCUAACAUGAAUCUUGUCGACAAAAGUGCUCGUUUUAUCAGCAGUCUUCCCCCUAUGACAAACUCCAUGAGCCUUGCGCAGGGUUAUAUCUGUCGUCCCUAUAAAAGCGAUGUUCAACGACUUCGCGCUAUAUUUACUUGGGUAAGCGAGAAGAUUGCCUGGGAAGAGCCUUUGGAUGGCCUGGAGGUUGAUAUCAAACGGGUCUUGCAAGCCAAACGAGGAACCCCUGAAGAAAUCGCGCUGUUGGUACACGAAAUGUGUGGUGCUGUUGGUCUGCAUUCUGAAAUAAUUCACGGCUAUCUCAAGAACCCAGGUGACGUGCUCGACUUGGAAAGUCUAUCUCGUCCAAAUCACUGGUGGAACGCGGUCCUGGUCGAUGAGGAGUGGCGUAUGAUGGACUGUGCGCUAGCAAACCCAACGAACCCCCAAAGGAGCCGCUUCGUCACCACCAACUCUUCCAUUGCGGAAAGCUGGUAUUUCUUGGCCCGGCCGCUGCAAUUCUGUUAUACCCACGUCCCACUCUACCCCGAAGAGCAGCACAUUGUUCCUCCGGUUUCGCCUGAUGUUUUGCUAGCACUUCCUGCUGUCUCUGAAGUUGAGGCACCUGCUUUCGCUUGCGAUGCCGAUGGUGACUUCUUUGAAAGUGGAGACAUUUUGCGCAAGCGAGCACUUGUCCAGCCUGACUGGUUUGGUGGACAAAAGCGAAUUACCGUCAAGGCCGUUCUCCCCGGUGACGAGGGCCAAGGUGUCUUGAAGCUAUAUGCCGGCAAGAAGGGCCUUAUGCACUCGAGCAAAGAUAUUCCCCAUCCCUUGGCAUUGGCCAUUCCGAUCAUGCACACAGGAGAAAACCCACCAUAUGACUUCGUCCUCCGCCAUCCCACGCCCCAUGCGCAGCGCCAUGAUCUUUACAUCAUGCAGCCGCAGUGCUCACGUCUCGCUGUGAAUAACACCUUUGUCUUCGCUGUCCGCCAACACUCGGCCUCGCCGUCGACGCCACCAAAGGAAGAUUAUUAUGCCCAAGGCCGUGCUUCCCCGUCGUUGUUCAACCGUCCCUCUAGUGCCCUCAGCAUGGUAUCUAGCACGGCCCCGUCCACCAUUUCGAGUAACUCCAACGAGUUCUCCGCCUCCACAUCGGCCAUCUCAUCUUCAAGAUCUGCUUCUGGGCGUGAAAAACCAGCGAAGUUGGCCAUCCAGUCCCCAUCCGGCAAGAUUCUUCGUCUCACCCGGAAGGCCGACCACAUGAUCAGUACUGAAAAUACCGGCAACUCGGUUACCGACGCUGUGGCCGAAGGCAGUGUUUGGGAGACAGUAAUUAAGAUUGGCGAGCGCGGUACCUGGCGUGGCCUGGUCCUUGCUGACCGGGUUGCUCGUUGGUGCGUGUUCUGCGAGUGGGAAUGCGUUUGA